GCCGUAAUGCGGCCAAAUGCUCGACGGCAGGCCCCGUUCUGUUCGAUAACCCGGCAGAUGAGAACCUGGUGCAAAUCUCACGUGGUUUCUCCUCUCUCUCGCUCCAUUUGGUGCCGUGCGCCAGUGCGUGCAAAGUGCUGGGUCUUCCGAGAAGAGCCUUCAGUUUGCGUUUUCACCUCGACAAGCCUGACAGUUGAUUGUCGAUACUUUAUGAGUAUGAACGUCACGAACUUCAGUCGCGUGGAGGCGCAGGCCAUUGCUCGGCAAAACGAUGCGCCGAAGCUGCAGCUUCCGCUUCGACGGGGCCAUUUCGGGCGAGUACGCAUGACCCGGGACGACCUGAAUAACUACAUUUCAACAGCCAAGACUCAGCUCGACAGCGCCCUGAACAAGGCACGAGAGGACCGCGAAGUGGGUAACGUCGACUACCGCUCGUGGAAGCAGCUCGGAUCACACGCCGGCUUCAAGCGGUUCACCAAGGUCGGAGAUAACAGCAGAGACCUGCACUACCGUCUACAAGGAACGGUACGGGCGUCACUCAACGACCUCAUGGGGAUCAUGUACGCAGACUCGACGGCACAGGUGGUAGAGCGUCGCGAAAUCCUCUACAACGACAGCCUGGACGCACAAACGUUGUGCGUGCUCAAGGAACGCAGCGCCGAAAACAUGCAAGAGCACGUCUCAAUCCGCUGGCAGGCGAUCAACUUAAGCAACAACAGUCCCAUUUACCAGCGGGACAUGUGCUUCCUAGAGUACACGGGCGUGGCUACCGACAUCGACGGCAUCCCCGUAGGCUUUUGUAUUAAGCAGUCUAUCGAGCGCAAAGAGUGCGUGUCGCUCAAGGAGUCGCACGGACUCUCACGUCUGGAUUUCACGGAGAUCAUGCUAUUGCGGCCAACGCAGAACGCUAGCCACACGGACAUUACCCUGGACGGCGUCGUACGGCACCCCGAGAACCUUCCCGGGUGGCUGGUCAGUUCCUUCCUCGGCAGUGUAGCCAAUUGUCUUAGCAAGCUGCCGAUCGUCGUGCAAGAGAGACUAUUAGCGAGGCUUCCAAUGAUCAGCGACUGGCAGUUCGUGCCGCUCUCAUCUCGCAAGAACUGCCACGUGUGCUCGAGCAAGUUUAGUCUGCUCUCCAAGAAGGCCAACUGCCGCAGUUGCGGUGAAGUGGCCUGCAAGUCGUGCAUCGUGACACGCACGGUGGGCGAGACGACCAAGUUCUGCACCAAGUGCAUCCUUAUGGUCUCUACCCAGGCCGAAUCGAUCGUUCCUCCUUCGGAGUUCGGCUCGGCCUCGUUCAUUACAUCGUCGUCCUCUGACCGCAGUCGCAGCCGUCGGGACUCCGAGACUUCAGUAUCAACAACGUCGUCCAUGCACGGCAGGAACGGCGCUCUGGUGGUGCCUCGAAUGCGCGUGGACAUGAAGCUGCUAGAAGACGCCAAGGCCAGCCGCAACAACUGCAGCAUGUCGAGCACUGCGAGCGAGACGAGCUUCGACAGCUCUAACUCGUACUGCAUGGACCGCCGUAGCAGCGACGCCCCGCGGUACGGCUCGCUAGAUGAGGAAGUGGUGGAGACUCUGGACACUACUCAGAUGAUUCGCUCUGCUCGCGGCAUGCCGCCUUCGCUGGUCAGCCAGAACGGCCGGCCAGUACCCACCGUCGAAGCUGUAGAGGACUCGAUCGCGCAUCAACGAUACCUCCUCAAGGAAAUGCUGUCACAGGCAAAGACCUAUCAACAACAGCAGACGCGGACGUAAACAAGUGCUUCUGGAAUCUGCUUUCCAUUGGAAGAAAGGCUCAAGGCUGUGCGGCCCACGAGGAAAUGUGGCGCCGCCCAAGCCACCUUAGUAAAUUGCGUGUCAUUGCAGUGGAAGUGGAUCAGUAGGGGAAGCAUUGAGUAGUUUGUCGUGAGUAUUUAUAAUGAACUCCGUGAGUGUACCGAUAUGAAAU